ACGUUUCUAUAGUGAUGUUGUCUUUGAUUACGAGCACGUAGCAACAAGCGCGCUCGAGAAAUAAAAUCGUCGUCGCUUCCACGCACACAGCCACUCGAGUUUCAUCGCAAGUGAGAUCUCGCUUUGGUCCUCUUCUUUGCUGCCGGCUUUCACAUUCCAAAGUUGCAGUACUUAAAGCUUAAACAUGGGUUGUGGAUCAUCGAAAGCUACGGACAUAGUUGUCCCAAUGCCCGACAAAGUUAAGUCCAACGUGAAUAAAUGUGAUAACGGGAUACAUUCAGAGAAAGAUAAAGACAGCUUGCGUGGGAGCCAGGCAAGCUUGCCUUCCUCGACCUCAGACACCACAAGAUCCGACAGGGAAACUUCAGCUAAAUCCACGAGAACUGAAGACAGUGGCUUAGGUGAACUGGAAGAUGAAAAUAUCAUCACUGAGAACUCCGACCCGAAAAAGAUCGAAGCAGUGAAAGCGACCGAUAGGCCCGUUACGCCUGAAUUAACUCUUGAAGGAACCAAAAUCCCAAGAAGACAGAGUCCCAAAGAAAGAAAAGUUUCAUUUGCGCAACAACAAGAGGACGUCCGCAACCGUGUCAACUGUCUUUCACCCUUGGGUGGAGUUAUAGAGCGGCCACAGAGUAGAGGAGGUUUAGCCUUCGACGUGAUCCUUUGCCCGGAGACCGGCAACGUGAAAAGAAGACCACAACAUCUGAAAAAGUUGGAGAGGAGAGGAAAGAAAACCAAGAGAAGGACAAAGGAGGAAAUUGAGAACAAGAUGAAGCUAGCAGAGGAGAGAAGAAAGGAACAACAACAAGAGAUUAUGGAGAAAGCUAUCUCAUCAAGAAAGGAAAGACAACUAAAAGAGGCCCAAGCUAUGGAUGAAUUUGCAAGGCGACAAAUUGACAACAGUCAAGAAAUGGAAAGUUAACAAAAUAAUCAACAGAAUAGAAUAAUUUAUUUUUGAAAUUGUGUACAUAUUGAUGACAGUCAUUUAAAUGACUUGAAAGUAUUUUCUUUAAACUCAAUGAAAUGGAUCCUUUUUGAAGAGUUUUUGCUACUUGCGAGACAUAAACUGCUUUAGCUUUUUUUUACAUACCCAGUACAUAUUCUCAUCUUUUUAAAAAAAGAUGUUGUAAAUAAACUUUGCUAAGAUUUAUAUAAGAAAGGGAUCUUUGUGUUCAAUAUAUCAUGAACUCAGGGUUGGGAAUAAGAUAGAGUUGACACUGCUAUUUGUAUUGGUUCAGGUCACUGCCGGUGUGAAAAUCAUAACAAAAUAAUGAGAGUGAAAUACAUUGGUGUAUUUAUACAAAAAAGUUUUAAUAAAAUUUUGCAGAACAAUAAAA